CUCCUUCAGCUGGGAAGCUGAUCCACUUUAACUUUCUCAGACAGUAAUAACGACCCGUCAGUAAGAGGUUUAUUCCCCGCAGGAAACUCACCUUCGUGUCCGUGGACUGUUGGACUUUAAAAAGAAAACACUGUGAUUUCCCAGGAGAAAAGACAGAUUUUAUCCUUGAGAUCUCCGGUGUUUUGUUGCCACAUUCCUGAAGUUUCUGCAAACAAGAUCACGUUUUUCACCCCGGAUAUGGCUUUUCUGUGCAGGAGAGGAAGCUGAUUUGAUUAAAAAUAUAUACUUCAGUCUUCUGCUCAUAGUCAAACACUUUUUAAAAAAGACAAAAUGCCAGCAAAGACACCAAUCUACCUGAAAACUACAACCCCAAAGAAAGGGAAGAAGCUGCGGCUGCGUGACGUCCUGUCGGGGGACAUGAUCAGCCCCCCGCUGGGAGACGUGCGCCACAGCGCGCACGUGGGACCGGAAGGCGAGGGGGACAUGUUUGGAGACGUGGGUUUCCUCCAGGGGAAGAUGGACAUGCUUCCGGCCCACGGCCACGCCCGCUCGCACAGCGUGGACCGGGCCGCCACGCAGGAGCCCCACAGCUUCGCCUACAACGGCUGCCACUACCAGCAGGCCUCCAACGGGCUGCUGAAGAGCACCGUGUCCAUGCCGGUGUGCGUCGCCCACGAGCAGGCCCCGCCCAAGCCGCCGCGGCUCCACCUGGACCAGCAACCAGGGGAGCCGGGCGACGCUCAGCCGGAAGUCUGUGAAGCGUCCGCCGUGCGCAGGCUCGUCCCAUCAUCCGGGUCCUUCUCAGAGGCGUCGUCGGAGGACUCCGUGUCGGAGACGUGUGGACCCCCGGAUGUCCGCCGCGGCCUCAGCCUGGACUCGGACGCCGGGUUGAGCAACGAGGAUCUGAGCAGCGAGCGCAGUGACUCGCCAUGCCCGGUGCCGGGCCUCCAGCCGGCCGACUCCCUGGCCAGGCUGGACCUGAACCUGGACCUGGGCCCGUCCAUCCUGGAGGACGUGCUGAGCAUCAUGGACCGCUAUAAGGGUGAGGACGACCGCUGCGAGCUGUGAGGACUCGACGCUUUGAGACAUGCUGAGAAAAACCGGGAGACAUUACCUGAGUGCAGUGGCGUCCCCAGGGGGGGCUAGAAGGGGCCAGGGCCCGGUCUGGAAAAAUGUUAGCCCCCCAGUAAAUCAUGUUCAGGUCAGACAAAGGCAUUCGAUCAUCUACUUUAAUCAAGACAUACACAUAAAACCCAAUACAUGCAUGCAUAUAAAACAAUACUAAAAAAAAGAUAUUAUGUUAUUAUAAAAAGGUGUGGUAUAAAUCACACUUGUUUAAGAAAGUUGCAUCUGGAAGGAGCCAAUUUCAAUUGGAAAUGUUUUUCUGAAAGCAGUAUUUGUGUUUGUGGUGCCAUGAAUGCUGAUCCAUGCAUUCAUAGCCAUAUAGUUACCUAAAAAAAAACAAGUAAUAAUAAAUUGUUUUUUGUCAUUAUUUUUUAUCAUUUUCACAAAAUAUUGUGAUGAAAUUCGAAGUCCAUAUUGCCCAUCCCUAAUAUUUUUCCUUGCCUGGUCUGGCCUCUGGGGGGCGCCACUGAUGAAAUGCAGAACUGUUGCUGCUUUAGAAGCUUCUCCAGAACCUGAAUCCUGACACAAACCAGCCGCCAUCGAAGCGCAGAGCACUUCCUGUUCCCCUUUCUGCUCCUUCAGUGGUUGACCACGUGAUGAAUGUUCCCAGUCGGACCUGGGAAACCAAACAGCUGCACAGUUAUUAUUAGAAACGUCGCUGGAUCUUCUGUCCAAUUAUGUCUCCUCGGAUUUAUUUUUUUUAGGUUUCAGUCACCAGCUACUGUUGAUAAGCUGUUUUGUUUUUUGUUUUUUUUUAUCAGAGACUCAGGAUGUUUCCGUUUUUAUUUUUUGAUGGUUUGGAAGCUUUAAGUGUCAGAAAAAUGCUCCUUUUUUGCAGAUUUCCUGUUUAAAAUCUCCGUCAACAUGAACUUCCUCCAGCAUCACAGUAGCCUACCAUUGAAAUGUUGUUUUAUUCUGUAAAUAUCUCUGUAAAUCUAAAAUAAAGAUAUUUCUUAUAAAUAAA